CUUGAUCUCUUCCCUGUCCUCAAUUCUCUGCCAUCUGCCUCCUUAGCCCUAUCAUUCUAUCCCUGAAGCUUCAAUUACAAGCAAUUAUCUGUCGUCUUCCCUGACCCCUGGUCAAUUUCUUCCAAGGAUUCCAUCCGUUCAUCGGGACUUUCUUUCCUCUUCUCCCCACUCUUCCUAACUUUCUUCUGGUUCUUCUCCCCACUUGAUUCACCUAAGUAGUAAAUCUCUCCUACCUGGCUACGCCCCCUUCUCCUCAAUCGCACUACCACCGUCAUCACCGCUACCAGGAACUAUUGAUACUUGAAACUUGACAUUCUCGGUUGCUCAUGAUUCUCCUGUUUCCCCAGGAAUAGCCUCUCUCCUUUCCGUGGUCCAUGUGGAAACAUCAUCGACCAUCUUCCAGAUCGGAUUCCAAGUCUGGGAACGUCGAUUCAGGCCAUCUAAAUCUGUCUGAGUUUGGCUUCUUUGGUCGCUCCAAAAAGAAAUCUCCGCUCCAUUUCCCCUCCCGGCCAGAGUCCCCCUCGCGUUCACCUCUAAGGAGCUUCCGUUCAUUCUCCCGUUCUCACGCAGAUCGGCCGGGAACCAGUGCAUCUGGUCAAACGCACACUUCUCGAUCUCGUGCUCCUUCCACUGUUAGCACGUCGCUUCAAUCCGACCAUCCUGGCUUGGGCUGGCAGUCGACCGCCGGCACAAACUCUUCGCGAGCAUCGUUCAACUCUAGAUCAGGUAGACCAAUGGCGGGGCUGAUGGACGUUGACCGUAGCCGUACCCGGAGGGAUCGAACGUUUGUCGGUAGUGAAUGUGCCGUAUGCGAGGAGCCGCUAGAGCAUACCCUGCGCGGAGAGCGGGUCCUCCAGUUCUCCUGCACACACGUGGCGCACGAAGCCUGUUUCUACGAGUAUAUCAAGGAGUUUGAGGGCCAAUAUUGUCCGACCUGUGAUGCCCCAUUAGGGCUGGACACCAGCCGCGGGGGUCAUGUACUUGACAUCGAAAAAUUGAGCAACAUUGUACGUUCGGUGACUAGCGAUGCAGCCACGCAGCGCAGUGGUUUGACCACCCCAACUCCGUGGGAUCAGCCGUCAGCUCGUGGGCGAGCACCCAGCGAGACGGGAAGCCGGUCAUACAACAAUCGCGACAGUCGGGACAUCUGGGCGAGAAGGGAUAGCCGCGAUACGGGCAAUACGGGCAGCCAUCGUGAGCGCGAGCGAGUGGAGCGGAUGACCACAGGCUCACGGCAACAGCAUUCCAGAAAUGGAAGUGCUGCAGGAUCGUCGGGCGACUACGAUGCUCAGCAGCAGAGCAACGGCAGGCGACAUGAUUAUGACGUUCAAGCCAUGGAAUCCGAUCUUAGCCCUCGCGCGGCUCCCAUGAAGAACCCCAUCCCCGCCCCCACGGUGACGAUCCGCAGCGAAUUCCCCACACUCAACCGGUCCAGACAACAACAAUCUUUGACGUGCUUGGUCACGGUGGAAGUUCCUGAGGGAGUAUGGCAUCCGGAUUCGGAGGACUUGCGACAAACUUCGUCGGGUGCGUCGCAGCCGCAGGAUGAGCCUUACGGCGGCGUGGUUCGCUUUCCGACUGCGGAUGCUCGAUCCAUCCAAUACGAGCCCCAGGAGAACCUUGACGAAAUCGCUGAGGACUUGCGAACGCGGGUCGACAACUGGCAUGGUCUUGAAUUUUCGCGGUUCGGAAAACUCCGCUUGCAUGGACACAUGCGAGUGGGCAAGGAUCGCGAAUCAUGGCAGGACCUGGAGUGCUAUCUUUUCGCAGAGAUGCUUAUUUGUAUUAAGGAAAAGAAGACAAAUGCUCAUCAGUAUGAUGACCAGUCCAAGCGCAAGACUCGGAGCUCGCUGAAAGGCUCGAUUCUUAUCAAGAAGCAUCUCAAGUCUAUUGAAGCGUCGCCUGAUGAACCUGUCCUCACGCUUAAUCUGUCAGUCAGCGAACUUCCUUGCUUCUACCUUCGCUUCCAGAGCCGAAACGAAUUAGAGAUCUGGCGUCGAGCUCUUCGCGAUCUUCAUAACUCUGAUGCAUUGUCCCGACACACUGACUAUGACCUGGAUCAUUCUGGAGCUGAGGAGGAGGACUACCGGGCCAGCCAGAUCAAACGACAGGCGUCAAUUAACUCAUCCUACGGUGCCGGACGGUCUAACAAUACAGCCAUCACGGAUUAUACCACCGGUGCAGAUAAUCUGCCCACGUUGAGUGCCCACAUACCUCUCGAUAUUGUGGUUGUUAUUCCCGUUUCUUCGUCCAUGCAGGGGCUGAAGAUCACCCUGUUGCGAGACGCACUCAAGUUCCUGGUGCAAAAUCUCGGACCCCGAGAUCGUAUGGGCUUGGUAACUUUCGGUUCCAGCGGUGGCGGCGUGCCCCUUGUUGGAAUGACCACCAAGUCGUGGGGCGGAUGGAACAAAAUCCUCAGCUCCAUUCGACCUGUCGGACAGAAGAGCCUUCGUGCGGAUGUUGUCGAAGGCGCCAAUGUUGCAAUGGACUUGCUGAUGCAGCGCAAGUCCAACAACCCCAUUUCUACAAUCCUCCUGAUCAGCGACUCGUCCACUUCCGACCCCGAAAGUGUCGAUUUCGUGGUGUCUAGGGCCGAAGCUGCCAAAGUGAGUAUUCACUCGUUCGGCCUUGGACUGACUCACAAGCCCGACACAAUGAUCGAGUUGUCCACGCGGACAAAAGGCUCGUACUUGUACGUCAAAGAUUGGAUGAUGCUUCGAGAAUGUGUUGCCGGCUGCUUGGGCGCACUGCAAACCACUUCGCAUCAGAACGUCAAACUGAAGCUCCGUCUUCCUGAGGGUUCGCCUGCCAAAUUUGUGAAGAUUAGCGGGGCUCUCCAUACAACCAAGCGCGCUACAGGCAGAGAUGCCGAGGCGGCCCUUGGAGACCUCCGAUUUGGCGACAAGCGUGAUGUGCUGGUACAGUUGGUCAUCCAACCAGACAACUCCACGCAGGAAAGCAUGCCGCAGGAUCCUUGGGAAAGCCUGGUGUCCGGAUUGGAAGCUCUCGGAGGUGGCUCCGAUGCAGACGAGCAACGCGUGCUGAGCGUCGAGGAGGUUCCUUUGAUCCAGGCGGAUCUCACCUAUGGUGAUCUCCUCCGUGAUGGUCACCUGACGCACUCGCCUCGCCCGUCACUGCUUACCGUGCCCAUGCUUCCAUCCAAUCCGAGAGCCAAGAAUGGCAGACCUUCGACACCACCCAUUCCUCCUCACCCGUCCAUUGUCCAGCGGCGCAUGGAGUUGCUCACGUCUGACAUGCUGACCCGAGCCUUGACACUUGUGACUCGGGGUCAACAUGACCGCGCACAGCAUCUCUUGACCGAAACACGAAGCAUUCUUAAGGGUCUCGGUAAGGGUAGCCUUCCACCGCUACCGCCAGGUGCUGUAAAGCCGGCCAGUCUCAGCGAUGCCGGAAGUCGCGGCGAAACUCCCACAUCGACCUCGCCGAGAUCCUCCAACUUCACCGAGGGUCAGUCGUCUGUUACAUCAGAUACUGCAACUAUUGCCCCUGUUGCUGCAGUCGACGCACAGACCAUCACAGCGUUGGAUGCGGACUUGACGUCGGCAAUGGAGUGGAUCAAUCAUCCUGCCGUGUUUGGGCGAGACUCGCGCAAGGCCGUUCUACAGGCCAUUGGGGUCAUCUCGUCGCAGCGCGCUUACACAUAUCGUACGCCAUCCGAGGCUCACUGGGCCCAGCGAGUCGCGGGAAUCCGACGAUUGAUUGAGCGGUCAAAAGAGUGGCGCGAGACUGGAGACGACGCCUUGACAGAGGAGUAGUCAGUUAUUUGGAUUAUUCUCUCUUCUUCUUGGUUUACCUUUCCCCUUAUUCUACUGUUUGAUUAUUCAGUUACCCCUUUUUCAACCCCCUUUUUACCUAAUAUUCGUUCUUCUCUCUGGUUACCCGGCUGAGUUGGCAGGCUUUUUCUUGUUAUGAUACCACUUUGUUCGAGAAUGACGGCGCAGCAUGAUACCACGGAUUUCCCGAGUUUAUAUCACCUUGUCUGCAUCUGAUAUUUUUUUUAUGACGUAUAUACCUGUUUAUAAAUCACCUAAUCAUGCUUUAUAAUGUUAUUUGGUCAGCGGCCGGUGUGGGAUCUUGGAUAUGGAUGACCUGUACGUUCUCAGUGGUGGGAGGUUAGUCAUUCUUCAUCGCACCUUUGGCUACGGUCUUGUUCUUCAAAUUGGUUACCUUUUGGGUGUCCAUGAUAACCUGCAUUUGACUUUAUGUCUGU